AUGGACUACUACAGCAAGGCGCAGCGGACCAACGGAGCCGAGCUGAAAUGUGGCCGCAGCUUUACCGUCCAACGUUCGCCCUACUUGUUCUCCAAGUGGAAAGCCUGGUGCAGCGUGGGUGGCGUACCGUACGACGUGGACUCGGGCUGCCAAUAUCUGGCCGACAAACCCCCGGAAGGUGCUGCCAUCGCCGCCGAGGAGGUCAUCAAAAACGAGCCGAACUUGUGGCAUCACGUCUACUAUGGCUGUAAAGCGACCCAGACGUUCUGCGCGGAGACCGAGCCGAAUGGACUGCCCGGAUGCUACAACUCUAAUGACUUGAACGUCACUGGCUCACCGCCCGUCUGCAAGAUGUCGAACGCAAGCUUGGGGCUGACGUUGGAAACCGCGGCCAGCCAGGAGAUGAUGCUGCUCUAUAAGACCCUCGGCCAGAGCCAGAAGCUCGCCAUUCGACCCGACGACACCCUGCAGUCCAAACGGACGCUGUACUGCUUGGCGACGGGCAAGGGAUUCGGGCCCGAGUGGCCACAUUGCGAAGUGGACUCGACCCCGCAUCAACGCGCCGAGCGCACCUUGUACUACGAAUAUGUGAAGCACGACCUCGACAAGUACAAGGUGUUUUAUGUCUGCCCGCUCCACUCGGUGCCCUGCCAAAACGGCGACACGAUCGCCUGCUACCCGGGCCUGGAGCGCGACAUGACCAAGCCGUUCGAGCUGGUAUGCAAGCCCGACGCGACGAAGAAGUCCAAGCCGCAGAAAAUCACCGAGUACCACGUCGCCGACUACCUGGCCAUCAAGAAGCGCAAAACCCAAAAUGCGCAACGCCAUCCCGAGCUG